AACUACGAAGGAUCAGAAUGGUCUGAGAAGACUAUCAGAGUAGCACUUCAGAUUAAAUAUGCAUGUGGCACAACAGGAUAUGAACUACUAAGGUCACUGUCUUAUCCAUUACCUUCGAACAGGACCCUGAUUAGAAGACUUCAGAACAUCCGUUUUUUGCCAGGCGUUCUUCAUGAAGUACUAGAUGUUUUAAAGCCCAAAAGUGAGACAGUGCAUGACAUAGAGAAAAACUGCGUGUUAUUCAUGGACGAGAUGGAAAUCAGCCAGGGUUUCGGUCACGACCCCCCUCUAGACUGCCUUUUCGGAGGUACCACGCUGCCAGAGUCAAAUGCGCAAGUUGCCAACCAUGCCCUGGUGUUCAUGAUCGGUGGGCUAAACACGAGGUGGAAGCAGGUGAUAGCCUAUCACUUCACAGGGCGAUCAGUUAACGGGGCACUCCUGAAAGAUCUUGUCUUUCAUUUAAUUGAGCUCUGCUUUAAUAUCUCGUUGCGAGUGCUCGUGGUAACCAGUGACAUGGGAUCAGCGAAUCGGGCAGUAUGGCGCCUACUGGGGUUCUCCAGCAACACGCAUUCAGAGACAGUCUCUUCUGUACCACACCCGCACCUUGAAGACCAGAAGUUGUUCUUUAUGGCUGAUCCAGCGCACGUUUUGAAAAACAUUCGGGCCCAGCUGCUCCGUUCAGAAACAUUUGCACUAGGACAAGAAACGGUAAAGAAGCAAGGCCUUCCUGGGAAAACUGUGAGUAUUGAUCAUAUUAAAGCAGUCCUUGAAUUUGACACUGACAAUGACCUCAAGGUUUCGAACAAGGUGUCUGACAUCCACAUUGGCAGUGGACACUUUACUAAGAGGAAGGUGAAUGUCGCAGUUCAAAUGUUUCGCGAAGCCCCUCCUGCUAUCAGGUACCUGAUCAAACAAGGAGAGUUAGAGCCUGAAGCAGAGGCAACAGCCUGGUUCCUUGAACUAGUGAGCAAAUGGUACACGCUCAUGUCAUCACGGCACCCAGCGGAUGCUCUGAGCUAUUUUGAUCACUUAAAACAUGAAGAUGCAGUUAAAAUCCUACAGCUGGCAUGCACAACAUUCUGCCGUAUCAACAUGGGCAAAACUGCCCACUGGAAACCUUCACAAGCCGGUAUGAUGAUAUCAACGACAGUUGUCCUGUGCCUGUCUAAAGAACUGCUUAAGAAACGUGGAUACCGGUACCUGCUUACAGGUAGACUGAUACAGGACUGCCAUGAGAAUAUUUUCUGUGUUGUAAGGCUGAGGAAACCCGUCCCAAGCACGUAUGACGUGAAGUGUGCUCUGAAGUUGAUAUGUGUCAGCCAAUUCUUGCACACGCCAACAUCAUCCAGCUAUAACCUGGAUAACAGCUUGCACCUAGCUGACCUCCUGGACCCCAGUAUCAAGAAACCAGUUCUGGAGGAAAGUCAGGAGAACAAAGAAGCGGAAGAGCUGGAAAACGUUCUUCUGUAUGAGCUCACUGCAGUUGAACGUGACAUUCUUGCAUAUGUGGGAGGUUUUCUCCUGAAGUCCAUCUUGAAGUCCACUGACGAGUGCAAAGACUGCAAAGCGGCACUGGUGAGAAAUGACGACAAAUACAGCACUCUCGUUCAACCUAAAGAAUACACUCAGGGCGUCGGAAAGCUCAUUCAGCCUAGCCGAGCUGUACGUAAUGGAAGUGCUGAUUGAAUGCGAAGAACACUUCAAGACCUUUGCUGGCGAAGACGGAAUCCUGGCACUAAAGACCCCAUUCGCGAGCAUUUUGAGUGCAUUACGCAGAUCAGUAACUCUGGAACUGGAUUGCUGCAGCAUGCAUCGUGCACAUAUAGAAAAAGUACUGCUAGAAAAAAUAUGUUAGGACACGGCUGAGGAUUCAUCGUCGACAAAAACAAGCACAAAGGGUGAAUGGUGAAUCAAGUAAGACGUGGGCUGCAG